AUGGCCAGAUCUAUCAACCCAAUUAUCAUCAUCGUUGCAAUUGUCACCAUUCUCCUUGUCAUUUUCAGAACUCCAUCUGGUAAGGACAAGGCUGUUGACACUUAUGCUGCUGUGACUGACACAGUCUCUGACGCAUGGAACAACAACUACAUCUUGUCUUUCGAGCCUACCAAGAAGGCUAAGAGCACCGAGGAGGCCGAGAAGCUCAAGGCUGACUUGGACCAGGCUGUCGAGGAUUACAGAAACUACUUGGAGAAGGACUUGGGCUCCAAGGUUAAGCACACCUACGACUCCACUAUCCACGGUUUGAGCGUCCAGGUUGACGAAACCCAGCAGCUCUUGAAGGCUUUGGGCAAGAAGGCUGUCGGCAAGGCCAACAAGCACGAGACCAUCUUGACCGACAAGCUCUACGAGCUCUUCUACAAGUUGAAGGGCGAUGACCUCAAGAGAUUGGGCAUCAAGAUCAAGUUGGAGAAGGACAAGUUGGUCCAUGCCCAGACCUAA